GCGAAUUCUGGGUAAAAUAACGUGUGUCGUGUCGGCCGUCGCUGUAAAAUUUCAUCGUCCUAUCGCAGUAAUUAAGGCCGAUCAACGAUGAUUGACCUUACGGUGAAGACCUUGGAUUCACAAAAUCAUGCUUUCUCUUUGGAGGACGAUCAAAUUACAGUUAGAGGCUUUAAAGAAUAUAUAGCAGAGACAGUAGCUGUACCUGCAGAUUCACAAAGACUUAUCUAUUGUGGUAGAGUCCUUCAAGAUGAGAAAAAAUUAAAUGAGUAUGGUAAAGGAUAUUAUGUUAAUGGAAAGGUUAUACAUUUGGUACAACGUGCACCACCUCAACAUGGUCAACGUGGAAAUGAUGGAGGUCAAAGUCAGGGUCAGAAUCAUGGAUCACAAAUGUGGCAAAAUCCACCAAGAACACAUUAUAGAGUUACUCGUACUCAGAUGCAUGGCAAUGCUAUGUAUUUGGGUGCAAUGUCAGUACCAGCUGAAAUUGUGGAAGGUCAUGGAGUGCCAGUACCUCAAUUAAGCAACAGUUUAUCAAAUGGUCGAUUAAUUGCUGCAAGACACAUGCUUGAACGUGCAGAUCGACUUAUGGAUAGACUUGAAAGUCCAUCUCGUCCUACCAAUGUUUCUGCACCUGAAAAUAAUCGGCCGUAUUUAAGUCAAAUAGUGCAACAGGCAGAAGUAGAACUACUUAACAGUUUCGGUAAUAACGAAAAUCGAAUAAAUCGUGAUGUCAGAUUAGUAGGAGCUGUUGCAGCUGCAAUUGCAACAUUACUUAGAGGAAAUAGUGAUGACGGUGUUGAAUCAAGGCCAGCAGCAGAUACUAAUGAAGAGAAUCAAUCAGAUGCUCAACAGCAGCCGCCGCCACCACCACCACCACCACCACCACCAUCAUCACAACCACCACAACCACCACAACCAUCACAACCAUCUCGACCAUCGCAACCAUCGCAACCAUCUCGACCAUCGCAACCUUCGCAACCAUCGCAGCCAUCGCAAGCACCGCAACCUGAACAACAAGGGUCCACAUCAAAUACUGAUGGACAGUCUAAUAGACGAUCGCAACAACUUCCACGAUCUCCACAGUUGGCAGAGUUAUUAGAUAUCUUACUGGAUACUCAAACUCGUUUGCAACCUCACGUAGAACGUUAUCUUAUGCUCAUGCGUGACGAUCCUUCAUUACCUCCAGGAGGAAGACGUGUCGAAGAAAGCCAAACAUUUGUGGAUGGAGUUAGCGAAUGCUUACAUUAUAUGUCUCAUGCUUGCCAUGCUUUGAGCGAUAUAAUUGUUGAUAUGAGUCAGCAACCGCCUAGAAAUUUGCGAUGUAGACCAAUUAUUAUUCAACAUUCAGCUAUUUUACAGCCCGGUAUACCAAUUCAGGUAGAGGCUCAUAUUAGUUUACGCGGUCUAAAUGCAAAUAAUAAUAAUGGUAACGAAGAGAAUGGGGACUCUGGAAGUACACCGGCACAAUCAGAUACAAAUGAAGCUAGUACUGAAGAUACAAAUCAACAACAAGAAUCUGAAUCCAGUACUCAACAACAAGCUGAGCAACAACAACAACCAGAGCCAACACAAUCUCCUUUUGGUACAGUGUUUAAUUUGCCGAAUAACGUUGAAGUAUUAAUGGAAGUCAGUCCUGAAAGUAACAUUGAUGCUCCCUCAGGAAGUGAACAAAAUCAAACUGGUGAAAAUAAUAAUAAUAACAACAACAAUAAUAAUAAUAGUGGAAGAGUGGGUGGUUCUAGCGGUCCAUUUUCUUGGGGUUCAGCUCCUGCACCUGAUUUCAUACGAAAUUUGAUGCAAGCUGUUGCUGGUUACAUGGUACAAGGUGGUAUUACUACUACAACAAUUACAACUCGAAAUCCUCCAACAAUGGGUCAGCAAACUGUUGCAUCGAUUGAUAGUAGUGGAAAUACAAACGCUGGACAAAGUACACAAGCGCGAAGCAACGUUUCUACUCAUCCUACUACAGCAACGCAGACUAGAAGUACAUCACGACCACAUGUAUUUCAUCAACAGGCUCAUCCUUUAGGUGUUGGGAUGAGUAUAGGACAAGCAUUUGAUUUUGAUCCAUUCCUUCCUUGUAAUUCACAUCAUAUUCGCCGUACGUCGACUACAACUUCUAGUACUGUCACUUCGACGUCACAAGGAACACGAGCAAGUCAAACACCCACAAGUGACAUUUUGACUCAGGCACAGACAGCUACAACUUCAAGUGCACCUAGCAAUAUCAGCUCUACAAAUACUACAGCAUCAACAACGUCACAAACGAAUAUAAUACAUGACACUUUGGACUACUUAUUGCAACAAAGUUUUGCAGGUAGAGGUAUUUCAAUUGGAAGUGAUUUAACACUUGCAGAAGAAUUAGAACGUAGAGGUUUUCAAAUCUCAACUCUCUUUUCCACUGAAAAUACAGAGACUGAAGCAAAUUUCCUCGUGAAUUUAUUUAAUCUAGUGUUGCAAAAUAUAACGUUGGAAGGUUUAAUAAGAUUACGAUUCGGCCAGUGGGAACCAAUUUCUUAUCUUAGAAAACCAUUACAAGAAUUUUUCCAACAAUCUUUUCCAAACAUUGCACCUGAAGUACUUCAGGAACAAGCUACAGAACGAUUGAUAUCACAGUUGAGACGUUUCGAAAACUUUUUCAACACAGAAGAAGAUAUUCAUAGCAGAAGCAGUUCUCGUGUGGAUCUGUAUGCCACUGUGGGAGGUUUACUUCGUCGUCAUAUCAAAGAUAUAUUACAACACUUGUUUAAUAAUGACAUUGAUGAUGCUAGAUUCGGACAAGAAAUUCUUAAUAUUGUGUAUAUUACAGCUAGACAAUUAUGUACAAUACUUCGAUAUUCCAUUCGUGGUGGUCAAGCAGAAUUAGAACUUGCUGCAGCUCGUUUCAUGAGUGAAGUAUUGGAUGAUCUUGAUCCUGCACUACAACGGAGCAUGAUGAGCUUAUUUGUUUCUCAGUUUCGUAGUUUCAGUUUGCACUACACACAACUUCCAGAUUCAGAAAUUCUUCCACUUCUAGUGUACAAGGAUGCACCUUCUCAAGCAUCAACGGUGCCUUCGGCUCCAACGCAUCAAUCUUCACAACAAGCGCAGUCUGAAGCGGAGCCUAUGGACACAGAAGUUGUAGAAGAAAGAACAACUUUUGAAGCAUCUUCUCUACCAGAAGAUAGAGAAGAAAUUCCACAAACGUUCCCAGGUCAUGAAGCACUACCUUCAGAUUGGGUACCAAUAAUUGCUCGAGAUGGAGUAAGGCAACGGCGCCAAUUACAAAUGCAGGGUAUGACAAAUGGUGGUGUAGCUACAUUUAGCGAUGCUUAUUUAGGUACACUGCCUACUAAGAGGCGUAAACUUAUCGAACAGCAAAAGCCACGAUUGUUAGUUAGUCCUACUCCCAAUCAUUCAGAAAUAGCGGCAUCUAUGGAACGUUUAGUAAGAGAAGGAGUAACUCGAGCCGGUGUCGAGGAAGUUGAAGGUGCUGCAGUCGCGGUAGCUGUCGAUCCCGGUGUUAGACGUGCAUUUGGUCAAGCAAUCAGAGAUUGCUUGAAUCCCCACAGAUAUGGUACACCAGAUUUUCCAGACCCUUUACGUUUCCCUAAUGCGACAAACUAUUUUGCUAAUCAAGAUAGGCCACAGAAAUAAUAAUUAUAAGGAGUAUGCAGUUCAUAAUGGCUUAGAGUAUUUAUAAAGGAGAAACCAGGUAGCGUUAAAAAAGUGAGAAAUUGCAGCGACCAAGGAAUAUAGAAGAUAUAUUCACAACAUAUAAUCACAAGUAUCAUUAGUAAUUAUGACUGUAUACGUCAGUUUAAUGCAGUGCGAUCAUUUUGAUAAAUCCUAAAUACUUUCAAAUAUCACACAAGAUAUUACGUAAACUAUUUUGGUUUGUUUAAUCGAUAUAGCAUGUAGUUUUGCAAGAUAUUAAUUUCUCAAUAUAUAAAUGUGUUUAAUAAUUAAGAGUGUACGUUUCUAUGUUAUUAAAAAUUACAGUAAAUCGGCUACACUUGCUCUCUCCCGUUGUACUCUAAGCAUCAAUUGACCCCAA